UCCUCCGCUGAAUUCCGGUUGUGUUCUGGAACUUCGGGCAUUAUCGAUCCUCUUCCAGAGGGCUUUGCAUCGAACCGACACCGGUUCCUGUUUCUGUUCGGUUCUGUCAGGGUUACUUUUCAUCAUCAUUCACCCAGAGCGGAGCACCCAGCGCACAGGGUCCAUGCCGGAGCCGAUCCGGGAUUCAGAGGAAUAAACUCCUGCAGGAAUCCUCAGUGGGAUCAUCUCUCCCCAGCCGACUUCCUGUUUGUCUCAGUGAAACAUGAUCCGACCUGUUGCUGGGGUCGUUCAUCGGGACUGGCGUCGUCAUGGUGACCUGCACACUGUAAACAUGUUGAUGCAGGGUAGAGACCUGCAGAGACUCGGGCCGAGAGUCUGAGUCCUGCCCUGAUUCAGUUAUUUUAUUUUUUACCUCAGCUUUCUAAUUUCCAGAAGCCCAGAUCGGUUCUGUCUCACUUCCUUUCACUUUUGGCUGAAAUAUUUACUUUUCACAAAUCUUUUUGAUCGACUAAUGAUUAUUUGACAAGCAGCUUUUUAAAAUUCUUCUCUUAAUGGUAGACAGUCUUAAGGAGCCCAUGAAGUUCAAAACAGAACUGCAUAAAGUGUGUUUUCAUCCCACACCGGACUCCAUUUGGACCAUUAGUCUUUUGCGUUCUUGUAACCCCUCCGCCAUCUUUGUUUCUGUAUUAAGGGUUCUGCUUAAGGAUAACCAGCAGCGCCCUCUGCUGAAUGGAGGUCAAACUACAACACUAAAAGAAGGUGUAAGAGAAUGUUAUUGGUCAAUAGAUCAGAACUAAUUUUAAUCUAAUAAACAAUUAAUUGUAAAUAGAUUAAUUGUUUGCAUCCUUAAUCCAUCUAUCACAAACCUGCAAAUAUGCAGGUAACUGCAAUAAUUGUGGAUGAAGGUUUUGAUCUUUAGCAGCAGAAUUUGAGAGAAGAAAAAUGGUUGUGGAUUAUAUUGUGGAAUAAUAUCUAAACCACCUCUUGUGCUGCAGGAAAGAUGCUGUGACCAAAAGAGUCAAUAAAUCCCAGAUCAGGUCGGAUUUUAAGGGAUUAUAAAGAUAAACUCAAUCCUGCAGAGCUGCUGUUUUGGGUCAACGGUUAAAGGGCUGUUAAUUAUUGAAUGGAAACACUUUCAUUUCCUGCAAGGAAACCCGAUGACCUCAUAAGCCACUUAAAUAGCAAAAAAAACAGAAACUAGGGGGAAAAAAAACAAAAAUGUAACAUUUUUGACUCAGACUUUAUUUCUAGAAAAACAUGAACAUUUCUAAGACUAGUCUCAAAAUUUAGGAGUUUUCUUCUUGCAAAUUUCUGACUCUUCAAACUCAAAAAUUUCCACGUUUUUUCUCAAACAUUUCUAAGAUUUAUUUAUUUAUUAUUUUAUUUAUUUAUUUUUUUGGCGGAAAUUUAGUCCUUUUUUCUGUCUGCAACAGUCGAAAUAUGCUGUUGUACAAAUAGCACAAUACUAUCCGCCAUUUUAUUUUAGUUAUUUGUCCAGAUGAAUAGUAUAAAUAUGCAGCUGUUCGUUCUGCGCUUCCACACAUCCGACUGGAAAUGUGUAAACUAGCUGCUUAAUCUGAGCCUCAGUAAAAAUGUAACAAUUUCACAGAACAUUGUUUUAAACUCAUCAAGUUAUUAACACUGACAUGUUUCUCCAUCAUCCAGCUCGUGCAUGUGACUCUGGUUUAUUAUCAGAUUUUUAUGACCAUCGUUCCUCCAGAGGUAAAAUGUUCAGAAUCAGGAAUCCUCAAGCAGAUUAACGCGGUUAACUGCUGCAGGUUGCAGAAGAGAUCUGAUUUCACCUCCUCUGUUUCUGUGUUUGCGGAUAAAAAUAACCUGAAGCGCUCUGAUCUAUAAAUAUGUCCCAGAUGGGCUCCACUCCAAGCUGACGGAGCCACAGGCAGGAGGGAGGAGACCAGAGGAUCUAUCCAGCAAAACGCUGGAAACAUCCUCAGAGAGUUUGGGAGCAGUUUCUGGGAUACACUGCAAGAUACAAAAUCUAACCAAGUAUUUUUGGUGUAGUUUCUAAUGGAAAUAUCUUGAAAUAAGACAAAACUAACUUACAAGUAAAUUUUAAGCAAGGUUCUGUGGCUGAUCCAGAACCAGCCUGUGGGACUGCAGGGCUCUGUGAGGAGGAUGAAACUCCUCCGCUCACGGCCUCUCCUCCGGUGGUGUCUGCUUCUCCUGGGAGUCGGGUCGCUGCUGCUUCUGGUCCUCCUGCAACAUCUCACCGACUCCGUGCAGCAACAAAACCCAGGUUUUCCUGUCCUGGAAGGUCCUACAAGGCCUGAAGGGAAGGUUCCGUCCUGGCAAACUGAAGAGAUCCGUGCUGGACUUUUCCCCGGCUUCCCGCCUGUCCUCCAUCUUUGUUCUGACCUGUUGAUGGGCAAGAAGCAGCCCGUCACUAAGCGCCACAGGAAGCUGCUGCUGAAGAGCGCCCCCUCUGGAGGUUCUACGGAGCUGAGGACGCAGCAGUCUCGGCGCCGCCAGCUGAACAACGUCUGCUCCGAGUACCAUCCGGUCCGCCGGAGGCGGCAGGUCAGGCUGCAGCAGGUGUCUCGGCUUUACGUGGAGGACCGGUUCCGACUGCUUUACUGUGAGGUGCCGAAAGCCGCCUGCUCCAACUGGAAACGGGUCCUGAUGGUUCUGGCUGGCAGAGCCCAGUCCACUCAGGAUAUUCCUCACGAUGCAGCUCAUUACAGCAACCAGCUGCGGCGGCUGGACAGCUACGAUCGGGCCGGUAUCGCCGAGAGACUGCGAACCUACACCAAGGUUCUGUUCGUCAGGGAGCCCUUCGAGCGGCUCGUCUCGGCCUUCCGGGACAAGUUUGAAAAUCCGAACUUCUACUAUCAUUCCGUGUUCGGACGGGCCAUCAUUUCCAGGUACCGGGCCAACGCCACAAAGUCGGCUCUGAAUACUGGCACCGGCGUCACUUUCAGGGAGUUCGUUCAGUACCUGCUGGACGCGCAGCGACCCGUUGGGAUGGACAUCCACUGGGAGCGGGUCAGCCAGCUGUGCAGCCCGUGUCUGAUCCCCUACGACUUCAUUGGGAAGAUCGAGAGCCUGCAGGAGGACGCCGACUUCCUGCUGCGCGGCAUCGGCGCUCCGGAAAACCUCACCUUCCCGGACUUCAAGGACAGGAACCCGCGGGCGAAGCGGACCUCGUCCAGAGUCACCCAGGAUUAUUUCUCCCAGCUGAACCGCACGGAGAGGCAGAAGGUGUUUGAGUUUUAUUACAGGGACUACCUGAUGUUCAGCUACCCCAAACCGUUCUCCGACCUGCACUGACUUACACCUUAAAGGAGCAG